GCCGGUGGAACUGCUGCCGACACACUCAGCACCACGGACAGCGAACGAUUGGUCGCUCGAGGGACACAAGCUACCAUUCAAUUAUUGGAGAAUUACUCGGAAAUCUGAGGACAGAAUUUACAAUCAGGAGUUUGGUUUUGGGGGGAUCUGCUAAUUUUAAAUUGAUGACACGGAGACUGGGACUUUUUUCGCUGCUCGCUAAAGUAAGCCUGCUCUUUAUAUCUGACUAAAUCAUUCAUUUAAAAAUGUCGCUUUGCAUUGGGAGUGCAAGACCCCUAGCAGAAGCAUAACCUACUUAUACGCUGCAGCACAUAUUCACAACACAGUCAUUAUUAGAGAGCUUGUAGACAAGCAGAUCUGCCGUGCGUAAAAACCGUGGCACUGCUCCAAUCGACACUCCCGCUCGACGCACGACGGAUGACUUGUGUGUUUUUGCAGUGUCGGGUAGGACGAAAAGAAAAUAAUUUAGAACCGUCUAAAACCCAAAGACGCGAGAGAGGUGACAACGAUAGUACUUUGCCACUCGUGGCUCAGCGAGCUUCUAAUGCGUAAUUACGAAUACGACUCCUUGCGAAAACUACUCUCGUGUUAUGUUAGAAUGUAGGAUGCAUGGAAACAAUUCUUUCUUUUUGGAGUUGGCUCAUGAAGCACGAUGCUCAAGAAAAAUACUCACACGGGGUAUUUCCAGUGAUAGAGUCGGCUACCUUUAGGUGAACUCACUCUGUUCUCAGCUGUGGUCAAAGCGCACAUUUACGUGCCCUGAGUCACUUUCUUGCGCACACAUACAAACUUAAAUUUGAAACAAACUAGUCUGUAAGUCAGACAGAUUAACUGUUUUUAACUGAAGUGCGGUGGCUGCUGAUUCUCCUCCUCUUGAUUUGUUCCAAAGCAAGAAUGGAAACUAACAGGGCAGAAAUUAAUACUUUUCUCUAAGUCCGUGAGAACAAGAGGAAACGAAUCUACAUCUGGACUGUGUGGCCCCAUCUUCCCUCUUCAUUUCUGAAAACUACAAUGGAGCCCCUAGACCUAGACCAGACCCACUGGAAUCCCCUCUCAUCAGACCUCAAUUCCUCCUCUGCAGCAACUCCCUCACCCUUCUUCUUUUCCUACCCCCGCCUCUUCAACAUCUCCUCCAACCUGUCCACUCAGAGUGUCCCGUUUCAGGGCAGCAGCACUCUGAUGACAGCAGUCAUCUCCCUCACAGUAUUCAUGGUGGGUCUGACCGGCAACACUCUGGCCAUAUACGUGGUGCUGCGCUAUGCCAAGAUGAAGACGGUCACUAACAUCUACAUCCUGAACCUGGCUGUGGCUGAUGAGCUCUACAUCAUCGGACUCCCCUUCCUCACCACACAGAAUGUGCUCUCCUACUGGCCUUUUGGCUCCUUCCUGUGCCGUGUGGUCAUGACUGCAGACUCCAUGAACCAGUUCACAUCGAUUUUCUGCCUGACAGUCAUGUCCAUCGAUCGUUACCUGGCUGUGGUUCAUCCAAUCCGCAGUACCAAGUGGAGGCACCCACGCGUGGCCAAGGUGGUGAGCGCAGCUGUGUGGGCCGUGUCCUUUGUGGUGGUCCUGCCAGUGGUCAUCUUCUCUGAUGUCCAGGAUAAAUUUAACUCGUGCAACAUGAUCUGGCCAGAGCCAAAGGACGUGUGGUCAACGGCCUUCAUUCUCUACACUGCCACUGUGGGCUUCUUUGGACCCCUGCUCAUCAUUUGCCUCUGCUACCUACUUAUCGUUAUCAAGGUGAAGUCUUCUGGAGCACGUGCAGGCUUCACUAAGCGUCGUCGCUCAGAGCGUAAGGUGACGCGGAUGGUGGUGGUGAUCGUGGUGGUGUUUGUGCUCUGCUGGCUGCCGUUCUUCAUCAUCAACAUGGUCAACCUGGUCGUCAUCAUCCCAGAGUCCAGUGCCACCGCCGGCAUCUACUUCUUUGCCGUCAUCCUGUCCUACGCCAACUCUUGUGCCAACCCGGUGCUCUAUGGCUUCCUGUCAGACAAUUUCAAACAGAGUUUCAGAAAAGUGCUGUGUGUGAAGAGUAUGAGGUGCAAGGCCAAUGGUGUAGAUGAUGGCGACCCCAGUGCCCCGCGCACUGAGAAAACCACAGCACACAACUGUGUCCUGCUCUCCCCUCGUAACCAGGUCUACCAUGAUCCCCAGAGCAGCCAGAUCUCUCCUCACCCUCCAGACUCUCCUAUCUCUCACACAGCAGCAGACCUGCACCGUUCCACCCCUACUUGUCAAUCUCCCCCCGCUUGCCCAGGAAUCGGACCCGCCACUACCACGGUAACCUCCAUGGUAACCCCCGGUGAACCUCCCACCAUCACUGACCUGACUGUGCCCGCCUCCAGUGCCACCAUUGCGCCACAGCAGCAGUAGCCAAUAAACUUUGGAUAUCAGGUGUUGUAGGAAAUGAAAAGAGGAGCUGAGGAGGAAAAACACAGUGGGAGACUAUAGAAGAGGGAGCGGAGGGGUUGGUUUAGCUGAUGAAAUAUGGAAAACACUGAUGCUUUUCAGCAGUAACAGUGUAAAAAUUCAUGUCUUGGACAAUUGCCUGACACAUUUGUACUCAUUCUGAAUGCAUCACAACAUUGAUGAUCCACAUCGGUGAAACAACCUCAUGUCUCGGUGCGUCUCUGCACCUGUGUGAAUCACCCAGCUGUUUACUGAGCCCCGUGUUUCUUUCCAUGCAGCCAUCUGACAUAAGUGCCUUUUCAGCCACUCUCAGUAAUCAUGAUGACUUCUAAACGGGCACAGAAACAUUUACACCUUUCUUCUCUAGCUUCCUGUUAUUCUGUCACAUAACAUGUAAGAAUUUAGUUUUAUAAACCAAAAUUAUCAGCGUAGAUUUGGGUGUGGACAGUAAGGACAUGUCCCUACCAAUGUCAAGGUGUUGCUGAAUUGUCGCUACCAAUAUUUUUACCCAUCUCAAAUGAUCUCGCCAUUUCAGCUCCCCUCUGUGUUACCGGUAAGAUCCAUCCAGAGCUGCCAGGUUUGUGUGUUUUCUGCAAAACGCUGGUUAUUAUGAGAAAGAGUGAAAGACUGGAAUCUGGGGGAUACUCGACUAUGAUCUAGCAACCCUCAACAUAUACACACACAUAAACAAAAGAUCAAGGUAUUUUCAAAUAAAAAUCUUGCCGACUACAGCUUUAAAUAAACAGCUAAACAGCACAAUGCACUAAUUCAAUAUCAGUUCUUUUUUUCAGUUUCAAGCUUCAGUCACUUCUGUUCACUUCACUUAAUUUAAAUUUUAAAUUGUGACAAAUGAACUUGACAUCUGUACAGCUUUGUGGAAAAAGUCAGCUGUGAUCAUUUUUGUAUACUGUUUGUAUUUUUGAAAUAUAGCUUGUUCGCUGUUUGUCAGCUUCUUGGUCACAAGACGUGUGAUUCUUUGCCUGCUCAGUGUCCUUCUGCAGACAUGUAGCCAGCUCUGAACGCAAAACCUCUGACCUCUUUGUAGAUAUAUGCCUCUAACUUUGUGUCUGAACUUUGUGCCUACAUUUGUGGCUGUUUUUCACAUAUGUAUGUGUAACUUUGUAUACGUUUUCUCUCUGCAGAAGCCGUGAUGCUGGUAAAUCCAGGGUUUAUAGCAGCAUAUAUUGUUGCUGGUGUUUUUGUAUGAGCGCCUUGUUUACUGUUACAGUAGAUGCCAGUUCUGAUCGGACUGGCAGCACAUUACCUCAGCUGAUACAGCCUCUGUCAGCGUUGGCUUUUAGACUGCUUGUAUUGUAACCAUAACUGCCCUUAAGCUUUUAUUAUGAAAGGUCCAUCAUCACACAAUCAGUUAUUUUAUGGAUCGUGAUUAGUAAAAGUAAAAUUACAAUCAAAAAACAGUGAUUGUUUUAUUUUGAGUAGCAACAUGUUAGAGUGAGAAUGGUUAUGCUUUUCCAGCCACUUGCCACCUGUGCAAUAGAUAGAAAAUUCAUCAGUGGCACACAGAGGUUGAUCAAGUGAAUAUAAUGAGCAGAGGUAAUGACAGAGAAACUAAUAGAAGCUGUCCCUGCAAGAAAAAAAAAAUCAAAGCUGAUAAUAAAAAAAGGCUCAUACCUGCAAAUACA